AUGUCAGAUUGGGAUUCAGUUACUAUUAUUGGACAAAAAGCCAGAAUUGGUGGUGGUGGACCAAGACAAAAUGUUGCCAAAACCCAAGCGGAAUUGAAUGCAGCUAGAAGAUCAGGAAAUGUUGUUGGAACAGAAAAGAAGUACGGUAGUACUAACACUAAGUCCAACCCUGAAGGACAAAGAUUGACCAAAUUAGAUGCGGUUGACGACGUUGUGCCUACCAAGAAGUUAGAUAUGAAUGUUGGUAAGGCCAUUCAACAAGCCAGACAAGAGAAGAAAUUGACACAAAAGGACUUGGCCACCAAGAUCAACGAAAAGCCUAAUGUUAUCAACGACUAUGAAGCCGGUAGAGCCGUUCCAAACCAACAAUUGUUGGGUAAGUUGGAAAGAGCGUUGGGGGUCAAGUUGAGAGGUAAGAACAUAGGUGAGCCAUUAUUUGCUAAGAAGAAAUAA